CGCGCUUUUUCCAUCGGUUGGCGCCAGUUUCGCCGAUCGAGAUAUGUUAGAUGUGUCGUACUAACACGAAUUAACGGCGAUGCUCUGAUUUUUGUAAGCGUUUAUAAAACAGAAAACUGUAUAAUGACGACGAGCGUGCUCAAGGCGCUUCGCUGCGAGGAAUACAAGUCUCGGUCAGUUGGCCGCGCGGCUUUUGCCACCUACUCGGUGUUGCGAAGGCUCCACUCCAGGCUCGACAACGAAUUCGGCAUCGAGAACCAGGGCAGGGAGGUUCCUCCGCUGGCAUGCACCUUCUUCCCAGGGGUGGCCCAGCAGGACUUGGUGGCGGUGGCGGAUGAAGACGGACGCGUCUCCCUCUUCAACUCUGGCGCUGAACGAGUGACUAGACUAACCACUUGGGCGGCCCACGACAAUGCGGUGUUUGAGCUGGCAGUGCGCCCCUGGCACGGCCACCUGGCGACUGCGUGCGGGGACCUCUCAGUCACCCUCUGGGACAUCGCGAGGCGGGACAAGGUGGCCGUCUUCCAGGCACACACGGGCAGCGUCAAAUGCGUCUGCUUCGCCCCACACUCCCCGGAUGUUUUUGCCUCCGGAGCCAGGGACGGUGCAGUACUGGUGUGGGAUGUGCGUUGCAGACAGCCAGUGAUGAGGAUCCCCAGAGCCCAUGGCAUCACCACCGCCGCAAUGGGGCACCGCAAGAAGCCUCGUGGCCGCCACAAGGAGGCAAGUCUGCCCCGGACGUGGGCCAGGCAUUGUUCAUCUGCCACGGAUAGUGUGACGGCGUGCUUGUUCCAGGACGACCAGCGGCUGAUCACGUGCGGUGCUACUAACAACGUGAUCAAGGUGUGGGACCUGCGCAAGAACUACGAGCUGUACCAAAACGAUCCCAGGCCCCUGGCAUCCUUUCCGUACGCAGGACGCAGCUCAGCCAUCCACGGCUACACCUGUCUCAGGUUGCGGGGAGCGAGUCUGUUUGCUAGCUGCAUGGACAGCCGCAUUUACCGCUUCAAUGCCUCCAGCUACGACCCCGUGCCCCUGGGCCAGUUUGUCGGACACAGCGCGGGAUCGUUCUACGUCAAGAUGGACCUCAGCCCCGACGGCCAGUUCCUGCUGAGCGGAUCGUCGGACAACCACGCCUACCUUUGGAACGUCCAAGAGCCCGGACCCCCUUCGCUGAGACUGUCAGUCCACACGGCCGAGGUGUCGGCGCUUGCCUGGCACCCCUGGGACGUCUCCAGGCUGGUCACCUGUGGCGACGACCACAAGGUGGUGUUUUGGAAUGCUGCGGGAGACGGCAUGGGAGCGGUGGCCACGUGCGAGCCGAUGGUCUCCUCCGAGCCAGUCGUGUUGACGGCACCGGGCACGGUGAACGGCGCCUGUGGCGGAACUGGCGGGCGCCCCGAGCACAUGACGCCCAAGACGCCCCGGCGUUCCAGGCGGGAGCCAGCGUCGCUGGCCGACUGGCUCACGCCACCCUUCAAACGGAGACUUCACGACAAACAACCACCGAACAAGGAGCUGACCACUCCUCCGCGGCCGGUGGAGAGCCCCGCAGUUCCUCCCAGCGCCAUCCUCACCCGCAAGGGACACAAGAUGGUCGCCAGGCUCUUCCAACGCAGCGUGCACCAGAACAGGGCCAAGCCACGUGUCAAGAGGGCCCUGAUCAUCCACAACACCAAGCCCAUCACCUCCUUCUUCAACAAGUGGCCCGAAUAAACUUCACGCCCGCAGAGUA